GGGGUGGGGAUGGGGUUGUCAAUAUAUUCAGUCACGGCUCUCCCGCCGAGCGUGUGUUUGGGCUCCUCUGUGCAUUUCGGGCCUCUCCCCCAUCGCCUUGUGAAUAGUCGCUGCCGCACAACAGUUGGGCUUCAUUGAUUCUUCAGGAAACCCCCGGGCGGGGGUGAGGUCUCAGUCAGUCCCUCCUCCGCCGCGCCUUCCGCAGUCGCUUUUUCCUUGUCUUUGCGGCUCAUGCUUGUGGGGGCGUCGUCGUCGCUUCAAUAAUAAUAACAUGGAGGGGGACCCACCCCGGAGCCCGACACGUCAGGCGGAAGGGAAGCGGCCUCAUCUUCUUUAAAUGGCAUUGCUUGUCAUUUGAGCAUGCUCCCGUGUGGGAAGGCGAGGGGUAUAUUAAAGGCAGAGACGCGGCACAGACGGAGCAAAGAAGCAAGCCAGCCAGUUUGGCUUGGGGACGGCGGAGCAGGAAGCAUUGAGGUCUGCUCUCCGGGCAGGUUGCUGUUGCCAGAAGUGGACUUUACUUGCGGUUGGGACGCAAAUUUGCAAACAGGGCCAGUGCCGGCGGCUUUCCUGCGCUUUUGGCCCUUGGAAAACUCGCGCAGCAGGACCGAAGCCCCGGAUCAGCCGAGCAGUUGCCAAACGUCGCGCGGCCCGUCGGCUCCCGCUUCCCCCCCUCCGCCAAGAUGAUGGCAGCGGCCGCAGCAGCCAAGCCCGCCGAGCUGAUGGGCAUCUGCUCGAGCUACCAGGCGGUCAUGCCGCACUUCGUGUGCAUCGCCGAGGAGUUCCCGCAGCCCAUCCGACCUGCCAAGCUGCCCAGGGGCAAACUGCGCAGACCGCGGCAGUCUCGCUUCAAGACGCAGCCGGUGACCUUCGACGAGAUCCAGGAGGUGGAGGAGGAAGGGGUCUCCCCCAUGGAGGAAGAGAAAGCCAAGAAGUCUUUCCUGCAGUCCCUCGAGUGUCUCCGCAGGAGCACGCAGAACCUCAGCCUGCAGCGGGACAAGCUCAGCGGCUGCAGCCGCCUGAGGAACAGUUUGGACUCCAGCGACUCCGACUCGACCCUCUGAAAGGCUGGUCUGCUGGUCGCCCGGGCACACCCCAGCGGGGAGAAAGAAAGACCGGCCAGGGACUUGGCACCCCGCCCCCCAUGCAACACCCCCCCUCCCCCCGCGGGGCUUCCCAGUGAAGUUAGCAGAGGGAAAAGCGGGGAGAACUUUGCAGAAUAUAUUUUUUAAAACUAUACUGAAGGGAUUCGUCGUCCUCCUCACACACACACACACACCCCAGCGGCCCCCGCUACUGGACGCUCCCCCUUGAUUUUGUAUCGUAGAUCCAGAUCCUAACACAGUAGGACGGAUUUGGAAGAAUCAACUUCGAAGGGUGAAGUUUCUGGGCGCCUCCUGUAAAACUAAAAGACUCCGAUAAAUAUCGAGUGGGACUGUGGUAGAUUCAAAGAACAGUUUACAAGUGAGGUCAGGAUAUUUUUUAAAGAAAGUGCUUGUAUGUAUGUCUACCUUGGCUGUUUUUUUAUUUAAGAAAAAAAUGCACAUCCCUUUUCUAACUAAAGAAAAAAUGAGAUGUUUUAUUAAUGCAAUCAGCUUCUGGACUUUAUAUUUAUUUUUGCAUUCAAACUCUUUACUGCAUUAAUUUAAUAUGUUUCUACCUGAAUGUCUGUCAUUAUUUCCACAGAAGAGAAAUAAAAAUGAUAUAUUUGCGCAAUG